AUGGGAAAAAGAAGCGAAAGUGAAAGCGGCUCAAAGCCGGAGCCGGAAGAAUCUCGCGGCGCACCGGCUGAGCUUCCACAAGAGGUGAUCCCCUUCGACCCGGUGCCGACAUACGAAGAGUCGCGCUCAGGGCCGUCAGAUUCGGCCUCGCUCUCCGUCUCCCAUUCACUCUCUGCCACAGUCUCGGCAUCAACACCGCAGCCGCCGGCCGGAACCUCAGCCUUGGCCCCAACCGUUACCUCACCAUUUAAUUUCCCUACCGAUGGCAAAGGCAAAGAUCGCUCCGUGACUGCACCUCCACCAGUCUACAAGGUCGGGUCAUCCAGCAGCAGCUCCAGCGCUGCCCGAACCAUUGCCUUUCCUCAGAUCAAACCGGAUCCAGACUCGCCUUUCUUAGUGGCAUAUGCCCCUGUUCUUCUCAGCUAUGGAAUUACUGAGGAAACAUGGCGGUCUUUCAUGACCACCAUCUCGGCCUUCCUGACGGCCACCAUAUCAGAUCGUGCCCUAUCACAUGCCACUGAUGUAGCUGCUCACAUUGGCCAAAGCCCCAAAAACUUGGGCAGAAAUGUUGCUGCCCACGCCAAGUCCAUUGGCAGGAACGUGUCAGACAAUGCCAAACGGGGCAACAUCAUAGGUGCUGCCAUGGGCCUCAUCGGUGGCACCAUCUCUCUGCCAAUAUCAACGGCCCUGGGCGUCGUGGGCACCACGCUUUCGCUUCCUGGCCAGGCCAUUGGUGCCGUGACCAAGAGGCCGAGAACCCCCCAAGAGAGAGCAGCGACAUAUGCCGCCGUUGCAAACGAGGAGUGGCUGCACAUGCGCGGCUUGCAUGCACAUCUAUUUGAUUCCGCCGGGUUGGCUCAUCAUUUGGGAAUGCCGCUGGAUACGUUGUUAAGUUUGGCGUGGGAGACUAAGGAGAGCGAUGCUGGAAGACAGAUGAGGGCACUGGAGCCGCAUAUUGCUGGGCUCGAUGUUGACGAGGGGGCGAUGUUGCAACUGAAGACUCAAACACUGUGGCUGGUGUUGAUGCCUGGAAAGCAACCCUCUUCAAGUUGA